GGAGGAAGUGGCGGAAAUCAGAACCCUCCAGCUCAGGCACAGGGAGGAAGUGGUGGAAAUCAGAACCCUCCACCUCCAGUAGCCCGCGCUCCCACUCCAGGAGAUUCAGACAGUUCUGACAGCUCAGACUCGGAACCAGAAGGUGGUGACAGAAGAGGCUGGCGGAGAUACCUUAAGAAGAAGUUGGAGAAGCAACAGAAGAAUCUGUUGGCGAUGAUGUCCCAGCAGUAUCAACCUCCGGCCACCUCUCACCCUUCUACUUCCACCAGAGCUCGAGAACCAAAGGCACCACCACCCUUCAAGUUUCAGGGCAAGGCGGAGCAAGUGGAGACCUUCAUCCGGCAAUGUGAGAAUGUGUUCUCCAUUGAGAGCCUGUCAUUUACCUCCGAGGAGGUCAAGAUCCGAUAUGCAGGCAACUUGAUGGAAGGCGAGGCAGCGAUCCGAUGGUAUGAGGCAUACCACAAUUCAAUUGAUCAAGCCUCCGCCAACCGUCUUGCUGGAAUGCCGGUGCAGUUGGAUCAGAGAUGGAAGCGUUGGGAUUCCUUUGUGGAUGCUUUUAGAGCUGCCUUCGGUGAAGCCAUCUCUAGAGAUGAUGCUGUAGCCCAAUGGAAUACCCUCACCCACACAGCUCGAGGAGGAAUAGACCUCUUCCUGAACACUAUCAUUCAGCUGAUGUGGAAGACUGGCUAUGAGGGUCAGUUGGUGGAUGAUAAGAUUCAUAAUUCCCUCCUCCCGGACCUAGGCAUGAGUUGGGCUCUUUUUAAUCCUAAGCCAAAGUCCUUGAUGGAGUGGAUAGCUGCUCUAAGAGAGUUAGGGCACACCCAUGAGAGGUACCAAGGGAUGGCAGCUGAGAAAGCGCACCCUCGGACCAAGAAAGAUCCUCCCGCUCAGAAGGACCAGCAGCCUAAGAGGAAAAGAGAAGCUGUGAGCUCCUCCGGACCUCAGAAGACUCCUGGACCUAAGGAUAAAGCGGUGGAACUGAAGGGUAUCCCGGGGGAUAUUCUAGAAGAAAGAAGGAAAGCAGAAGUAUGCUUGAAG